GCACACGACGAAGGCCAGUCACUCGCCGCAAGCAGCGAAAGGAGGUGGACAUACGUUGAAUUAAAUAAAAAAAAAACGCUGUGUUUGUCUUUGUCCUGAUUGAAAAUGGCGCGAAUAUUGAGGUGUGAAAUUCUUUUGUUAAUAGCAAUCAGCCAUAUGAACAAUUUUAGGGUGUUAGCGAGAACCAUGUCAACAAUUGCGAAGAGUUUUGAGUCCCACAUGGUGGUGCCUGAUGUCGUGUCCAAAGCACCUGAAGCUAUAGUGUCCGUGAAGUACCCAAGCGGUGUGGAAGUGAACGAAGGCAACGUGCUGACUCCCACCCUGGUGAAGGACAUUCCCACGGUCUCAUGGGAGGCUUCAUCUGACCAGUUCUACACACUCGCCAUGACCGACCCUGAUGCGCCUUCCCGCCAAGACCCCAAAUUCCGUGAAUGGCACCACUGGCUGGUAGGCAAUGUUCCCGGUAACAACGUAGCUGCUGGCGAGACCCUGUCGCAAUACGUCGGCUCCGGGCCCCCAAAAGGCACAGGCCUCCACAGAUACGUCUUCCUCGUGUACAAACAGCCUGGCAAACUGGAAUUCGACGAGCCUAGGCUUACUAACAAAUCCGGCGACAACCGUGGAAAGUUCUCGAUCGCCAACUUUGCGAAGAAGUACAACUUGGGAGAUCCCAUCGCGGGCAACUUGUACCAAGCUGAGUACGACGACUACGUGCCGAUUUUGUACGAACAACUCGGCGCCUAAGCAGACGGAAGAAAAAAACAUUAAUACUAACAUUUAAGAUUAUAAACGGAGUAAUAAUAUGGGUCAUUUGCUAUGUUCUAUUGCAUUAAUCGAAUGUGGGAGAUCAAUAUAGUUUUGGAACAUUAAAUCCUGAACACACAAUAUUUACAUUUUGAUUUAUAUACUGAUUCAAGCUUCCUACCCACAUGAUUAAAAA